UUGUGUUGCAUGGCUUUGUGUUCCUAGCUACUCACUGCCGACCAUAUCGAUACCGCACCGUCUCCAGUUCUCCCUCAGCCUGCCUCUGCCCAUCCAGCAUUCUAUCCUCAACAUACGGCCUUUCGAUUUUCCCACGCAUCCUGUCGAUACCCUACACAGUUUGUGGCCUUGUUCCACGCCUCAACGCCGACCACAUGGGUUACGUCGAUACCAGCACGCAGACCAUCAUUGAAGGUCUUGCCAAACAUCCCGUCGCAGUGCCUCCCGAACUCCAGCCAUCUACACCACCACCAGACGCAAUGUCUGUCAAGGAGGAACAGAAGUCUCUGCUCACCCAGGAAGAGCUUUUACAAAAGGAUAAACAGUGGGACGAUUCUGCCAAUCCAACAGAUGGUGCACCCACAACAGGACUGCCUGAAACGCUUCCCUUCACACCGACACCAGGACUCGCCUCCAGAAGGCGGCCUCCAUUCCGGGCUAGAAUCUCUCUUCCCGAACUCGACCUUGACACUGAGGGGCCAAGUUCACCGCCACCGACAGAUGCUCUCAUGUCUCCGCUGCCUGCUGCCAACACAUUGCAUGCUGGUCACACUCCAAUCAUCCCCCGCUCGUUGGCACCAAUCCACGGAAUGGAGCCAGUUGGAAUCAUACCCCUCAAGCAGGCGCUUGCACCUGAACCAGAGCCAGACGUGGACCUCGCGCUACAUGGGCCGUUGACACUGCCCGCCAGGCCUGGCGAUGGCGCGGACGAUAGGAUCGAACUCAAAGCCCUCGAUGCGGAGCUGGAGAGAAUUGCUCAAGAGCAGAGUGAGCGCGAUGACGACAGUGACGAAGAAAAAGACACUGUAAAAGACAUUACUAAAGAUAUCCCACACGAAGGAAGUCCGAAAGCGUCUGCAAAAGGCAGCAGAAGGUCUUCGGCAGAUGAGGGACUGGAAACAAUAGACGGUAUACUCCUCAAGAAACCAAGGAUGAACAUGGGCGCGCCUUUAGGCCAAGCCUAGGGCCCGAAACUCAUGAGGUUGCCCCCUCAUCCAAUUCUAUGAAUUAUUCUCGCAAACAUUGCAUAGCGCAUGGUGUAAGCUCAUGGCGUUUUCUUCAAUUUCGGAACUGUUGAAUGGGAAAAAAAGUGGAUUGUCACGUGUCGCAAAU